AUCUCCCGUGGCUGCACCCAGGUCGCAAAGCCAAAUUACCUACCCCUGGACAGCUUCGAAUUAUGUUAUGGGCAUACCCAUUACAACCAUAAGCUAAAGUCAAUGCGGAAGACCUUCAGCGACCACCCAGAAAAUGCCGGACGACGCGUCCACAAGUCCCCAUCCCAAUGCUGCGUCCCGUCCGGUAUUCCCCCAGGGCCCCAGCUUCACACUUGAAGACUUCUCCAGCCGUGACUUCAUCGUGAAGGAGUUCAUUGAAGCUCUCUCCGAAACCACAGCUACGAAUCGGCAUUCUACAGGAGUACCUGUAGGUGGAAAUCAGCCGUUCGACCCCAAACCGCUGAUCCGGACCUUUGAGCACGCGCAGCGGCGACUGGGCGACAUUUCGGGUGAUCUUGAGAUAAGAGAAAAUGAAUUAUCUGCUGCAGUCCGCAGGGCAGAGGCACAGCACACUCAGAACCUGAACACUCUAGGACGGAAAUUGACCCAGACUAUCGAGGCCUUCCAGCAACUCGAUACCUCGCUCAAUGGAGCAGGGUUGUCUGGAGGAGCGCUUUCCGAAUCGACAGGAAAUAUGGCUGUUGAGACGGGGCGCAGACUCGAGGAAUUAGAUCGACAAAGGCGCCGGGCGCUUGACGCACACUUUCUACUCGAAUGCUGGGAUGGCGUGAGUAAUAGAGGGGAUUUGACGCUCUUGGAGAAUUUGCGAAGGUCGGGAACAGGUGAGGCCAAAGUGCGAUCGGCACAGAUUGCUCGUCAGUUGCUCAGGAUUAGCCAGCGGCUUGACGCUGAAAGUUGGGGCGAAGCAGCCCGAAGACAUGAUGGGCCCUACGCGACUGGAACUGGUGGAGAUGAAUCUGCGAACAUAAGGGGCAGUGGUAUUCGCCAGAACACGCGAGAAAUUAUCGAGAAAUUUUCCGAAACGCUCGAGAACGACCUACUGAAGCAGUUUGACGAUUUUUACCGGAAAGCCAAUUUCGAAGGCAUGAAGGAUUGCGCAACAGUACUUCAGGAUUUUAACGGUGGUGCAAGCGUGAUCGCCUUGUUCGUGAACCAACAUCAAUUCUUUAUUGAUCGCAGCCAGCUGGUGACAGAAGAGGUCGGAGGAGACCCAGAAGCCUGGGAGAAGCUUGCAGAUCCCGAUGCCGAACCUUCAAAAGUGGAACCUAGUCUUCAAUCACUCAUUGAUGAAGUGAAGGUCGUGGUGCAAGAAGAGUCUGCAAUCAUCAAAAGGGCUUUCCCUUACUACGAGCAAGUAUUAGGGAAGUUUUUGCAGCGCGUUUUCCAGCAGUCUAUCCAACAAAGGCUCGAAAUGGUUCUGGAAAAGGCGAACAGUGUCUCAUCAUUGGCUUUUUUGCGAUCCCUGCAAAGUUCUCGCAGUUAUAUCAGCGCUUUGGUUGAUGACUUGAAAGCGCAUGGAUUGACAGAACAUCCCGACCCCAUCUCGUCACAGACAGCUCUCGUUCUCGAUCAGCAAUUGGAGGAUUUGUUUGUGCCCUAUUUCGUAGGGUCGUCUUACAUAGAAAGAGAAAAGAGAAAUCUGGAAGAACUAUAUACCUCUUUGCAAUUCAGGUUUACAACUUUCCAUGCUCGCCGGAAGAGAGCGGCGACAACUUUCAUGGCAUCUCUUUCAAAGUCAGGCACGGAGGUUCUUUCUGCAAGAGAUGCAUAUAUUGCACGCCUUGAGUCUUCCGAACCUCCCUCAACGCAGAAGAGGCUGCUGCUCCAAUUGGCAGGGUUGAGGGAGGCCAGUGAUCCCACAAAACCCGCAGAUAUCAAGCUUACAGAAGACGACGGUCUCCCCAGCAUUGCCCAUGCAAAGCGAAUGCUUAAAUGGCUUGCCGAAGCAGUCGGUAGAGGGUUAGAGCUUAGCAUGACCAGCGAAACGCCAAAGGAUAUGCUUGCGCUUGUAAGCCUUCUUCUGUCGAUGAUGGGAGAUGGCUAUAUUGAAGUUUGUCUAGAUGCUGCCCUUGAUACAGCAACGUCUCAGGAGUCAGGCAAAGCAGAGCCUGAUUUCGGGUAUAUACAAGCUAUUCGGAACGCCAUCGGUAUCGCCAAUCUGAUGGUCAUGUGCAUCAACACUUUACUUAUCCCUCUUGCCGCAGGCAGCAUCACCGUUCGUCGGGAAAUGGAGAAAAAGACAAAUCUGAUCAUUAUCCGGAUUGAGGAGAAGAUAAAUCUAAUAGAGCAAAAGAUCAUUGAUGCGACUUUAGCCUGGGUUAAUAAAAUUCUGUCUGGUCAAAAGAAAAAUGACUUCCGACCGAAGGAGGGCGACAAUGCAACUUGGCUGGAAAGGCUACAAACACCGACGUGUGCAUCAAUUUGCAACUUCUUAGCUCGUGCGCAUGACACUCUCAAAAGUCUGCUACCACCGAGUGGCUCCAAUCUUCGCCAGGUGCUUACCGAGAUUGCUCUUGGAACACGGAAUCUUCUCCUGGAACACUACAAACGGUUUGUGGUGAAUGGACCGGGUGGUCUCAUUGUAACCAAGGAUUUGACACAGUAUGCCAAUAUCUUGAAAAGCUGGGACAUCGAAGAGCACAUAAAGGGACCCAGUGCUGCGCUGGAUGUUCUUUUAGAAGUCGGAAGCCUUUUCGUGGUUGGGUCUGAAGCUUUGCAAGAACGAAUACGCGGGAACGCGGUCAGCGUCGCCGGCAGAAGUACUGGGAACAGCAUUGCUGGUACAAAUCCAGGACGCGGCAUUGGAAGCACCAUUAAAGCGGACACAGGUCUUGGUGUGCAGGAAGUCAGGGCUUAUAUCUCUAGAAGGGAGGAUUCCAACACGGCCGCCUUGCAACUUGUGCUUAAUAAUCUCUAAUCUGGACAACUAACUGCUUAAUAGCAUGAAGGCCACGAUGCUGUGUCAGUACGCGAUUUAAAAUUGCAGAAUUGAUUUCCAAUUCGAGUCAACCGAAGUUCUUGAAUUUGUCUUUCAAAGGCCCUGAUGUUUUAUGUGUUGUAUUUCUGGAACAAGAUAAGUUCUGUGGGCGCGCGGACGCCGCUGGUCUCAAUCAGAUCGUACAUUUUCUAGCUGCUUAAGUAACCUUUCACGC